GCCCCACUACUUUCGAUAAUUUAGGGGGACCCGGGCACUCCUUAAAGCCCGGAUCGAGUCUGCCGUUCAUCCUAGCUCAAAACUCUGAAUUGGAGUAUGACAUGUGGAAACUCCACCAGCCAAGUUGUAGAUGUGGAAUCAAAGCUCUUCGACUUCUGAACAGCAUAAGGCGUUCUACCUCCGCACGAGGAGGUGAAACUGACUCCAAGGUAGUUGAGCUGUCGGUGGGAAAGGUCAAAGGUCGUCAGCAGUGCGGGAUCUAUGGUGACGCGUUCUACAGUUUCGAGGGGAUUCCCUUCGCCAAACCUCCGCUGGGGAAACUCCGAUUCGUGGCCUCUUGUCCAGCGGAUCCCUGGAAAUCAGAGCUGGAUGCCCGGCAAGAGAAGCCGAUUCCACUCCAGGUGGACAGGCAGACGGGAAGAGUCAUCGGCAGCGAGGAUUGCCUGUACCUGAACGUGUACACCAAACACUUUGACGAAUCGAAGCCACCCUUGCCAGUUAUGGUUUAUAUCUACGGCGGGGGAUUCCGCACGGGUGGAGCUACGAGAUCGAAGUACGGCCCGGAUUACUUGAUGACCAAGGAUGUGGUGUAUGUGCUGUUCAACUAUCGCCUCUGCUCACUUGGAUUCCUUAGCAUGCCGAGUGAUGAGUCAAAAGUACCGGGUAAUGCUGGACUCGAAGAUCAAUUAUUGGCUCUUCAGUGGGUUUCGCAGCACAUCCGGAACUUCAACGGAGAUCCGCAGAACAUAACGAUUUUUGGCGAGAGUGCUGGUGCUGCUUCGGUUCACUUCAUGAUGUGCCUGCCGCAGGCCAAGGAUCUCUUCCACAAGGCGAUCAUGAUGUCUGGGUCAAUGCUAAGUCCCUGGGUGGAUUCCCCCGAAAGGAAUUGCUUGUUCUGCCGCCUCGCUUUUGCUGCAGGAUAUCAAGGACCCGCGGAAGAGCCUUUAAUCCUGGAGUUCCUGCGCAACGUGACGGCGGAAAAACUGCUAGGUCACGAUUUCAUCUCAGCUCGAGAUCGUUGCUUCGGGUUCCUCAACCCCUUUGUUCCCGUGGUCGGAGGCCUCAUUCAAGCCCCCUUUCAGCAGUUGAUGAAGCAGGCGUGGUCCGGAAAGGUGCCCCUUCUCUUGGGCGGCACUUCCUUCGAGGGUCUGGUGUUCUACCCCUUCUGCCAGGUCGACAACGGUUACAUGCUGGAGCUGCUCAAGCAGGAACCAGCGAUGGUCCUGCCCCACGAUCUGUACCACUCGAUGGCUGCCGAGGAGCGGGACAUCGCCGCCGAAUCCCUGGUGAAGCAUCACUAUGGACCACGCGGCAUCACCAAGAGCAAUAUCACACAGAUUCUAGACCUCUUCAGCUACAAGCUAUUCUGGCACGGAAUCCAUAAGGUGGUGCUCUCCCGAUUAUCCCACGCCCAGGCGCCCACCUAUCAAUACCGGUUCGACUUCGAUUCGCCCAAGUCAAACCUGAUGCGGAACCAGCUAUGCGGCGAUGACAUCAAACGCGGCGUCUGUCAUGCAGACGACUUGGGCUACAUUUUCCACAAACAGGCGCAGGAGAAGCAGCCUUUGGAUUCCCCGGAGUAUCUGACUAUUCAGCGCAUGGUAGGCAUACUGACGACCUUUGCCAGAACCGGCGAUCCCAAUUGUCCGGAGACGGGUCCGGAUCAGUGGCUACCCGUCUCUCCAAAGACCCCUUUUAAGGUAUUGAAUAUUGGACAGGAGGUGGAGUGCGUAACGCAAAUCGAAAAGGACGGUCUGGAGGUUUGGAAUCGGCUAUAUACUAACUCGAAGUAGUUAAUAAAUUUUGGAAGAUUCAAAAGUUUAUUUUACUACAAUAUUUAUAGUAUAUAGUAAAUGGUAUUUCUUAUAAGUUUA